AUGGCUGAGGAAAAGUCUGACAAACCAUAUCUCGAAGAAAGUGCCUUUGAAGCACUGGAAAAAGACUCUCAAGAAUUCAUCAGUAUGCUGAACAGAGAUGAAGCUCUGGAAAAAUUCCGUGUUGAAUAUGAGAAGCUCUUUGCUAUUAUGAAGAAGUCUCGUGAAAAUGAAAGACAUCUCAUGGAGAAAUGCAGGAAGCUGAGUGCUGAGCUUGUGGAGAAAUCAUCUAAAGUAGCUGUGCUCACCAAACUUACUCAUGAUGAUGGGGAAACUAUAUCAUCAUUGAAGUCGGAGCUUGAAAAGGCCUGGAAAAUGGUGGAUAAAGCCCAUGAAAGGGAACAGAAAACUAAGGAAACAAUUAAUUCACUGAAAAAGGAAAUUUCACGCCUAAAUACUUUGAUGAAGGAAAGAGCUGGACAGGAGAACAAUGUUGAUGAUUUGCUAAGAUUGCAAGAAGAGGUAACAGAGGAGCGAGACCAAUUGUUGUCAGAAGUCGUGAAGUUACGUCAAGGUCUCACUGAAAUCACAGAGCAGCAGCAGGAAACAGAAAAGGCAAAAAAUGAGGCAGAGCAAUCCGUUUUGCAGCUUCAGCAAGACAUCCAGCUGCGUCAAAGUGAGGAAUUACGAGAGACACGAAAGAAGGAAAAAAUGGAGACUGAGCUGAAAAAUCUUCUAGAUGAAAUGGAUAACAAGGAAGCUGAGGUGCAGAAGUUACAGCAAGAAAUAGAGAACAACAAAGAGAAACAAAUGGAAAUAGAAAAUAAUCUUAGAGAGCAGAAGAUCUUGAAUGAAAAAGCUGGUAAGGAACUUGAGCAAUUGAAGAUGAAAUAUCAAAAACUCACAGAAGAGAGUGGGCAGCAGAAUGCAAUGAUUGAUGAUGUGAUGAAGGACAUCGGUCAGAAGACGGCACAACUGAAAGAGAUAGAGGAUGAAGCGGCUCAGAUGCACCUUGAAAUUUCAAAGCUGAGCAAAAUGAGAGAUGUUCUCCAGAAUAAGCUGCGUACUGCAGAGGAACAAAAGGUUGAUGCAGAACAUGAAAAAAAUAUGCUAAAAAAUCAAAUAAUCAGACUGGAGAAAGAGUUAGAGACAGCCAAAAAGCAGGCAGAGGCUGACAAGAGAACCAUAGAUGGGCUUGUGAGGGAAAGGGAUAUGCUAAACCAGAACUUGAUCAAGGCUACAAAUGCUACUCAGAAGCAGAUAGAUUUGGUGAAGCUCCAUGAACAGUCAAAACAGAACUUGGAAACAGAAAUCCAAAGUUAUAAGAUAGAAGCUCAGAAACAAAGGAAGAUUAUUUACCAAUUGGAGAAGGAGAGAGAGAGUUUCAUCAAGGAAACAAGUGAGCUCAAAGAGAAGGUCCUCCAUCACAUGAAAGAUCUUGAAAUACAUCAAAUGCAGAUCUGCGACUGUGAGAAAGAAAUACAAGUGCAAAUGAUUAAAUUAAAACAGCAACAAAACCUUUGUGAAACUUUGAGAACAGAGAGGACCCUGUACAGUAAAAAUCUGAUAGAAGCUAAGGAUGAGAUAGCAGAAAUGAAGAUGAAACUGAAAACUGCUACACGUCACGUGGAUCAUCUGAAAGAGGAGAUCAAAGAAAAGGAUUUAGCCCUUGAGAAAGCACACGUGGAAUUCCAGCAGUCAGAGGAUGAGAAAGAGUCAUUGAAAGCUGAACUGCUUAAGAUGACAAAACAGGCUCAGGAAGCCAAAGCCUAUAUUGAAAAUCAGGAGGCAGAAGAGAAAAAGCUCAUAAAAAUCAUUGCUGAAGCUGAUGCAGAGAGACUGAGGCAGAAUAAGGAACUUGACAAGGCGCUCUGUGAGAGACAUGCCCUGGGCACCCAGCUGAUUCGUCGCAAUGAUGAGGUGGCGCUGCUCUAUGAGAAGAUAAAAAUCCAGCAGGCCAUCUUAAACAGGGGCGAAAACGAGUACCGGCAGAGGAUGGAGGACAUGCGGAUUCUCAGGCUGGAGAUCAAAAAACUUAGGCGUGAGAAGGGAAUACUUGGCAAGAGUGUGGCUAAUGUGGAGGAGCUCAGAUGUGAGUUUAAUCACAUGCAAAAGGAACUGUUAAGGGAACAGACUCGAUGCAAAAUUUUGGAAGAAGAACUGCAGAAGCCCUUGCAAGUUCACAGAUGGAGAAAAUUAGAGGCCAGCGACCCCACUACCUUUGAGCUGAUUCUGAAAGUACAGAGACUACAGAAGCGACUUAUCAGCAAGACAGGUGAAGUGAUAGAGAAAGAAUUUCUCCUUCAGGAAAAGGAGAAGCUGUAUGUGGAGCUGAGGCACGUAUUGGCCCGGCAGCCUGGGCCCGAAGCCACGGAGCAGCUGCAGCAGUACCGGAACAUUCUCCGGGAGAAAACCAAGCAGAUCAAAGCUUUGUCCUCAGAACUGACUAUGUGUGAAACACAGAGCAAAGAAUACAAACAUGAAAUUGAAAGACUUAACAGUGAGCUUCUGGAAGUGAAAAAGAAAUACCUGUCUCAGAAACGCAAGGAGCAACAGAAAAAGGAGAAGGAGCGAUCCGGCAUUGAUAUGGGGACGAAAUUACCACCCCUCAAGACUGAUGUACCUCACUUCAACAUGGGGGGCUUUCCUUCAAGCAAACCCAUUCCCAAAAUUGCAGUCUAG